AUGUCCCUCCUCAAGGUAGAUGGAUACCCUAAAAGACCUUAUGGUGUGCUAGAAAAUGUCAAGCUGCAAGUUGAUAACCUGAUUUUCCUGGUGGAUUUUGUGAUACUAGAGAUGGAGAAAAAUGCAGAGAUCCCUAUCAUUCUUGGAAGGUCGUUCCUGAAGACAACCAAAGUAAUCAUCAAUGUUGAUGAAGGAACCAUAGCUCUCAAAGACCAAGAAGAGGAGGUGAUCCUGAGUGUCUGUAAGACAGGGCGGCAGAUUGAAGAAAAGAAAACCAAUCCCAAAGCUGCAUUUAAAGAUGCACCCGGGAAAGGUACCAGAAUCGCCAAAUCAAAGAGGAAAGGUAAAAAGUGUUUUUUGUCACAGGUACCUAAGGAAGAAAAAGACAACAAAGGAGCAGAUGUUUACCAAAGUCCUUUAAAGAAGCCGGAAGGACUGAGACCAGGCCUCCCUGUACAAUGCAACAAAAAGCUCUAG